AUGCAAAUUUCCGUUUCCGAUUUUUACGAUGAUAAAAACGUUUUCGUGACUGGCGUCACGGGUUUUCUGGGAAAAGCCAUCGUGGAAAAAUUAUUGAGACAAACGAACGUCAAUCGCGUUUACGUAUUGAUGAGAGAAAAACGCGGGAAAAAUAUUCAUUCGAGAUUGAACGACGUUAAAAAAAAUAUGGUGUUCGAAAGGUUGAAACGUGAAAAAGGCCAAGAUAUUUUUAAUAAAUUGAUACCCGUGUCGGGUGACGUCAGCGUUAAAAAUCUCCAACUUUCUGAAAAUGAUGAAAAAAUAUUAGAAAAUGACGUACACGUCGUUAUACAUUCCGCGGCCGCAUUAGAUUUCGAAUUAAAUUCUAAAAUUAUUAUUAAUAUUAAUUUGAUCGGAACUAAAAGACUUUUAGAUUUUUGUACUAGAAUUCGUUGCCUAAAGGCGUUUAUUUACGUUUCUUCUGCUUACGUUAAUUCGAAUAAAUCCUUUGUUUUGGAAAAACUAUAUGGACAACCGUACAAAUUUAACGAUUACGAAUCGUUAUCGAAAUUAUCUGAAGAAGAAACAAACGCUGCUUUAGACAAAUUCUUGAAAUUUGGACACGUUAAUGCGUAUACGAUAUCGAAAGCACUUGCCGAACACGAAGUCGAUGAAUAUUCGUCAAAAUUUUCUGUCGCCAUUGUCAGACCAUCACAAAUCGUCGGAGCGUUACGAGAACCGGAACCAGGUUGGACGGAUUCUAAAAAUGGUCCAAAUGGUUUUUUCAUGGGUGCGAGUAUGGGUCUCAUAAGGAGGCUUCCGGUUAAUAGAAACAUAGUUUACGAUUACAUACCGGUCGAUUUGGUUGUCAAUGAAAUUUUAGUAGCCGGAUGGUAUGCAGGAAUGACGAGACCGGAAAAAACUCUCGUGUAUCAUUGUACAUCAUCGACAAUAAAACCUUUCAAAUGGAAAUUAAUCGAUUCGAAAAUUCAAUGGAUGUUAAAUAAUUAUCCACUCAAGUCGGCCGUAUGGUAUCCGACGAUAAAACUUCAUGGAAAUUUCACGCUUUUUAGAAUUUCAACAAUUUUCCUACACUUUCUACCAGGAAUUAUAUUCGAUUUGUUAUUAAAAUUAAAUAAAAAAAAACCGAGAUUAUUUAAAUUACAUUGCAAAGUUGAUAAUUCACUAUGUCGUCUCGCUCCUUUUAUAUUUCGCGAAUGGUUUUUCGAUUGUACGAAUACUAAAAAAUUAUUAAUGUCGAUAACGGAAAAAGACAGAAUUUUUUUCGAUUUCGAUAUAUCGUCGAUAAAUUACGAUCAAUUUUUCGAAUCGGCCGUUGUCGGAGUGAGAAGAUAUUUAAACAAAGAACCAGACGAAACAUUAGAAAAGGCAAAAAAAAAAAUAAAAAUUUUUUAUUUUUUAAAUCGCCUCCUACAACUCAGCGCGAACACACAAUUUGUCAAAACGUAA